AUGAUUUGUUUAUUUUCAAAUGACGUUCAAAACUUGAUUGUACACGAUGAGUUCAGCUAUCGAAAAAGAGGACUAUUUAAUCCAAAUCAGGGAUAAACUACGAAAGGAAGGUGUUAAGUUAUGGCUGAGCCCUUAUUUUAACGAUGUGUCGUGCACCCCCUCGACGUCGGACAUCGACCGCUUAUCUGAGGACUAUAGCAAAACAUUAAACAUACCGCUAAAGGUAUGCAAGGAAUGCGUUCAACAGUUGCAAGAAAACGCUAUUGAAAAUUUAAAACAGAAGAACGAGUAUCAAAAAUCUGGUAAAGCGACUGUUAAAAUAAAAGUAACCCAAGCCAAUAGUCCGCCCAGAAUACUCAACAAAGAAAUAUUGUUGAGCAUCACCACCAAGGAUUUCAAGGAGUUAAUAUCCAGAGAAACAAACAUUUCUAGUGACCGGCUUAAAAUAAUCAGCAGGGGAAAAGUGCUUGUGGAUGGAGAUUCAUUGGGAGCACAAGGUGUAACCCAUGGCCAAAAUUUACUUGUAAUUUCUCUGGGUGAUCCAAAUGAAGUUGUGCAAAAAGAACAAGAACUGAAGCUUCUGGAAGAUGUGAAAAAUGAUACCAAACUCUUAGCUUUGGACAGUGGUUACAUGGAGAUUGAGGAUCAGUUUGGCAAUCCCAUCAAAAUGCCCAAACAUGAGAAAAGAGCACUGACUGUGGCCAUGGCCCUAAAUGAGAAAGGAAAAUCCGCCCUAAAACGCGAGGAUUACUCCAAAGCCUUGAUUUUCUUCCUUGAAGCCGAGCAAGAAUUCAAAAACUGCAACUCCCAAAUUUUAAAGUCUGUAGACAAUUAUGCCCUCCUAAAUUUAGACAUAGCAUGGUGUUACAUGUGCUUGCAAAGUUUCACUCAUUUGCCUGAGGCUGAGGAAAGACUGAAAAGGUGUGAGGAAAAGUUUCACUCCACUUAUGGCAGUAAUUUAGAAAGACUUGUUGCUAUUAAAGGGUCAUCAGGAAAUGAAGCUGCAUUGUUUAUGAGGCUUCACCUUCUCCAGGCAAUUGUUUUGUAUCAUCAGAACAUGAGAGCUGAGGCUUUGAGACUGUUGAAACAGGCUGAAAGUGAAUUGGAGGUGUUAAAAGUUGAUGAGAACAAACUGAUGAGUCUUGUAGAGUUAGGGUACUCUCCAGCGGAAGCGAGAUUAGGCCUGAGGGUGACGAGAGGUGACGUAAACCAUGCUGCCAAUUACAUAAACGAGAACCGCGAAAAAAGGAAGGAGGCCAGAAAAAAGGCGCUGGCCGAACAGAUUUUGGACAACGAACGGAAGAAGUUGGGUAAAUGCGAGGACGGUACGCAGUACGUCGAUCCGAAUUUUGUGAAAAUGCUUGUCAAUAUGGGGUUCAAUAGGGAAAUUGCCCGGAGGGCGCUGCAAAAGAACAACAACGUCAUUUCUGAUAGUAUCCAAUACAUCCAGGACAAUCCCGUUGCGGGUCCCAGCGAAUCAAAGAGUCAGGAGUUUCUGUCCUACCUUGAGGAAUUAAUUCCUGAACUUGUGGAGGCCGGAUUUGAUCCUCGAAUGGCUCGAUUGGCGCUGCAGUCUCACCAGGGCGACAUUAUGAAGGCGGCAGAAGAACUGAUAGCCAACAAUGGUAUAGUACCAGGUGACAUUUCUGCCUUGAACAUUGGAACUGAGAGCUUGGAGGAUAUAAAGAGAAAACAGGAAAAAAAACGGGAGGCUUACAAUAGAUUAAAGGAAGAUAUGGAAAUGGUCGACGACGAUCAUUUGGAUCUCACUCUGGUGAGGGAGGAAGGUUUUCUCAAGCAAUAUUUGUCCUUACUUGAGAGAGAUCGUUAAUCGGGGUUUAAAUACGUGCCUUAAAACUAAUUUUAAGUAAAAUGGUUGUGUAUCUAUACCAAAAUAUAAUGAAGAUUAUGGUAUUUUGUAUUAUUUUCUUUAUAUUGCAGAAUUGUUUAUUUUAUUUUUUAAUCAAUAAUAAAAUAUUAUAUUUACUGUUUUAUAUUGUUGAGAAAUUAUUAUUUAUGUUUAUGUAUGUUAAGUAUUAAAUAUACUUUUUUGUAUGUGCCAAAAUAAACUGAAAAAGUGUUGUUUUA